AAAAUAAUAAAAAGAAAGAAAUAAAGUUGAAGUUGAAAACCACUGUUGAGGGUGCAUUUAGUUUAAUGUAGAGAGAGCAUCCAUUUCCAUUAAUCCCUACCAAUACCCAUGGCUGAACUGGUUUUCCCCGAGGCAGUAACCGCCCUCUUCCUCCAUCACCUUCACUUCUCUCUCUCUCUCUAAAUGCCAGUUUCUCUCUCCUCGAUUCAACCCUCUUUCCUCAAACCCCAAUCCCAAAUGAUGAGCGUUCCUCCGCCGCCGGUGAUGUGGCCGCCGCCGUUCACGGUGUCGCAGUGGCAAGAGCUGGAGCACCAAGCCCUCAUCUUCAAGUACCUCAAGGCGGGUCUCUCUGUCCCUCCCGACCUCCUCGUACCCAUUCGGAAAAGUCUUCAGUUGAUGUCUCAUCCUCACUCUUCUCUUGGGUAUUAUGGGAAGAAGAUUGACCCAGAACCAGGAAGGUGCAGGAGAACCGAUGGCAAGAAAUGGAGGUGUGCAAAGGAUGCUCACCCUGACUCCAAAUACUGUGACCGCCACAUGAUACGUCGCCGGUACCGUUCAAGAAAGCCUGUGGAAUCUCAACCUCAACCUUCUUCUUCUUCUUCUUCUUCUUCACAACUUGCUGCUUCCACUGCUGGGUCUGGAAGCACUGCAAAAACUGCAUCUGCAGCUGUAACCACUUUCCAAAACAACCUCCCCUUGCACACCAAUGGUGCCCGUGAAGGUUUCAGCUUCACCCUUGGGAACUCUACCUCCCAACUUCACAUGGACACUUCCAAGAAACCUUACAGGUUUGAACUGACCAACGAAGCAGAGGAGCACAGCCUCUUACAGAAAGAUCUGGGAAGUGUGAAGUAUCAAGGUUAUGACUUUACCUCAGAUGGUAUGUGGUCUCACAUGCAUCAGAUUCCGUCAAACACUAUUUCAGAAUCAAGGAGUGGUUCUGCUAUAGUUGGCAACUGCUUCCAACAGCGAACAACCCGAGAUGCUGAACUGUUGAACCUUGACACUGCAAGGUCCAAGGAACUUGCAUUUAGUGGCCAGGUAUGUUCAGCAGGGCGCUUGAAACAGGAAUAUCAGUCCCCUCAGUCUCUCUUCAGUGACUGGCACUGGAAGAAGGAUUUAGGUUCUUCUGCCACUGCGUAUAGGCCCAACAAGGAUUUCAACUGCAACCCAGAUAUCAAUGCUGAUUCAAGUGGUUCUUUAUGAGGCUUUCAAGGAGUUUUCUGAUUUUAAUUUUAUCCCACGAUAUCUCAGUAUCCACCUGGUCCCCCCCCCCCCCACCCUUUGUUUUCCCCCCAACCAGUGAAAAUAUAAAUCCUCAGGCAGUGCUAAAUUUAUCACCCGUAGCGUUCAGAUAUCUGAGGAAUCAUGGUUUAAUUUUCAAGCUUCAAUGUGUUGUUCUGUUAUAUAUCUUAUAUACUUGGAAGAGUUAUGCUUUCUUCACCCUUAAACGUGUAAUAUUUGACUGUGGUUUGGUUUCUCUUAAUUGUAGCGUUCAGUUUGACU